CGUCCGGGCGCAGUGGAGGCAGAGGAGCUGCGACGCGGUCGCGCGUGCGGUCGGGGGCGUGUCGGCGGGAAGGCGUGAGGCCGGAGCUCGCGGAGCCGGCCUGUGUGAGCACGCCUUCUUCCCGUAGAGCCGAACUCCUCCUCCCGACUCCCUAGGAUUUCUUUCCGAGGUGGCCAUGGAUGCUUCGACUCCUUUGCCCCCCGCAUCCCCUUCUCCGAGGUGCAGCCCCGCCCCGCGGACAAUCCACAUUGAGUUCCCUCGCUACAGCUCGUCGCUGCUGGAAUCCCUGAACCGCCACAGGCUGGAGGGCAAGUUCUGUGAUGUGUCCCUCCUGGUCCAGGGCAGGGAGCUGAGGGCUCACAAGGCGGUGCUGGCCGCCGCCUCGCCUUACUUCCAUGACAAGCUGCUCUUGGGUGAUGCGCCCAGGCUCACCCUCCCGAGCGUCAUUGAGGCGGACGCCUUCGAGGGACUGCUUCAGCUUAUUUACUCCGGGCGCCUCCGCCUGCCUCUGGAUGCUCUUCCGGCCCAUCUCCUAGUAGCCAGUGGCCUUCAGAUGUGGCAAGUGGUAGAUCAGUGCUCAGAGAUUCUUCGAGAACUAGAAACGUCUGGUGGGAUCGCAGCCGGUGGAGGCGCCUCCUACCACACGCUUCUUUCCACAACCUCUUCGGGAGGCUGGUGCAUUCGCUCUUCUCCUUUCCAGAACCCGGCGAGGCCCUCCGCUUCUAAAGAGGAUUCUGCGACUCCUGAGAGCCCCGUUAGAGGGGAAGGGAGUGAGCUGGAGGAAGUGUUACAGAUCCAGGUCAAAGAAGAGGAGGAGGAGCAGGGGUCAUCCUCCCCGGCCUUCCAGAGUCCUCAACUCGAGAGUGGGCCAACAGGGGGUUCCCAAGCUUGUGGGUCCCACCCGCUGCCUACAUCUGCCCUUCCCAGCAGGCCUCCAGAGGAUGGAGGUUCAGCAGUUGAGCCUCCUGCCCCUCUCGUAGGAGCAUCCCAAGUCGUGUACGUUAAUCAGGAAACCGUGGAGCCUGAGGAGGCCACAGGCGGAGGUGGCACUCCGUCUGCAGGAGCAAAGGAGACCAAAGUUCUACCUGGAGGGGGCUCUGAGGGAAACGGGGAGCUAAGGUACUUGCUGUCCUCAGGGGGAGGGGAAGCAUCUGGGGCAGGAGAUCCAUCCUGGAAACCCGUGGAUCUUCAUGGAAAUGAAAUCCUGUCAGGUGGUGGAGGGCCUGGAGGAACCGGGCAGGCUGUGCACGGGCCCGUGAAGCUAGGAGGGACGCCUCCUGCGGAUGGAAAAUGCUUUGGUUGCUUGUGUGGAAAACGGUUUGCAGUAAAGCCAAAACGAGACCGGCACAUCAUGUUGACCUUCAGCCUUCGCCCUUUCGGAUGUGGUGUCUGUAAUAAACGCUUCAAGCUGAAGCACCAUCUGACGGAGCACAUGAAGACGCACGCUAGAGCUCUGCAUGCAUGUCCCCACUGUGGCCGUCGGUUCCGUGUCCACGCCUUUUACCUUCGCCAUCGGGACUUGUGCAAGGGCCAGGGCUGGGCCACUGCCCACUGGACUUACAAAUGACCACUAAUGCUCUGUGCUGACCUCUAGUGCAAGGUAGCCGCUGCUACCUCUCACCCUUCACCACCUCAGUCCUGGCUUGUGUAAUCAUUCCAAGAGAUUAUGUGUGCUGUGGCCCUUACUAUGGGUAUGGGCUUCCCCUGGUGUGUUCAGAAGUGCAGGUUCUUAACCCAGGUGUUAACAGCCUGUGGAGAAUGUCAGGCUUGAUCACUUGACCUGAUGGCCAGUGAGGAGACCGCUGACUACAGAUGACAGUAGUGUGAUGAGAGUUGGAGCAGAAUGGCCUGAUAACUUUUACUUCGUCUUUACGAGGAGGUCAGAGAGUUGUUCACCAAGGAAUGCAUUUGAUUCAGAGCCAAGUACUGGUCAGACUAAGCUCUAAGUGGCCUCUACCUCGCUGUCGGCAGUGUUGUUUUUAUACUUUUUGUUCCUUUCCAGAAGCUUCUUAGGGUCUACUUUGUUUUCUCACUAGUAGACACCUUCCAAAUAUCCUUUUAUAAAUGUACUUGAGCAUUCGACAAGUAUGGUGGUGCGCGCAUUUAAUCCCAGCACUUGGGAAGCAGAGGCAGGUGGAUCUCUGUGAGCUCCACACCAGCCUGGUCUCCAAAACAAGUUCCAGGCCAGCCAGGGCUACACUGUGAGACCUUGUCUU